CUUGUUUUAGUUAUCAACUGUUUUCUAAUGAGAGGAAUCACAUUUCAGGCUAUUCAAGCAAGACGUCAGCGAAUGGCUGCCUGUGAGGAACCCUCAGAUGGGGUGUCGUUAAAAUUUAAAUAUCCCAAUGGAUAUGUCAACAUGAGGAAAUUCUGCUUGUCUGAGACAAUUCAGGUUUUGUUUGACUUUGUUGGUCAACAUGAAAUGGCCAGUGAAAUCUUUAAGGUGCAGGAAGCCACAUCAUCAAGGUCAAUUGAGAGCAAUUCCUCUGGGUCAAUAAUGGAUCAUGACCUAAAAGCAUCCUCAACUCUAUAUGUACUUUGGCUUUCAAAUCAGGAUGUACAGGAAAUUAUCUCAGGUCAGCAAAAUGAUGGAGCUUAUGCCCUACACCAUGCAUCUCCUGGUCAGCCACUGCUGUCUGUGCCCUCCACCCAGCCUUCGCUGUCUGUUUCCUUCACCCAGCCUUCGCUGUCUGUGCCCUCCACUCAACCACCACUCACUCUGUUCUCCACCCAGCCACCACUGUCUGUGCCCUCCACUCAACCACCACUCAACCUGUUCUCAUACACAACAGACAUCCAAAUGCUUGAUGAUGGACCACUCACUCCUCCAUCUGCCCAGGAUGUAGUCAUUAUUGUUGAUGAACAAGAGGAGCCAGUUUCACAAAAUCUGUCACCUGUAUCACAACAUCAACUGGGAGGACCUGUGGAUGAGACUGAUCUUCAAAACAUAUUGACAAAACUGGUCAGCAAAAUUGAUGAAAGCUUCUGUCCAACCAGCAACCAAAUAAAUGUGUGCAGGAAUAAUGUCUUGCUGUGUAGCCUGCGAGCAUUCAAACGUAGGAACUUCAACCCUGAAGCAAAAUUGGAUGUUGUGUUUGUGGAUGAAGAUGGCAAUGGUGAAGGGGCAGUUGACGAAGGUGGCCCAACAAGAGAGUACCUAAGGCUGCUGAUGAGGGCCAUCCACCAGUCAAACAUCUUUGAGGGCCACGAGAAAGAUCGGCAGUUAUCUCUUGAUACUCAAGCUUUACAGACUAAUCUAUACACAUGGGUGGCAAAAAUGAUAGCUGUGUGCGUCGUUCAUGGAGGAGUUGGACCACAUUUCUUCUCUGAAAGGCUUUUCCAGCAGAUUUGUGGGAUACCAACAUCCCCCACCAUUGUAGAUGAAGUUUGUGACCAUACCUUCAGGCAACAGUUAAUCAAAAUACAGUAAGCGACAACGGUCCAAGAGGCAAACAGUGCCAUUGCAGAAGCAGCAGACAGUCUCAGCAUUAUAGGUGCCUUGAGACAUGUCUCCAACUUGAAGGAGAAGGACUCCCUUGUCCAGUCUGCUGCAGACUUUUUUGUCAAUGGAAGGAUGCAGACUGCCCUGGACCAGUUUGUCGAGAGGUUUAGAACCCUAGGAUUACUGGAGGAGCUUAGAGAGAAUUCAGCAGUGUUCCACAGCAUGUUCGUCAGUGAGGAGAGGCCACUGCAGGCGAAGGACCUCUUCUCUCUAUUUGGAGUUGACUACUCUGUACAGGGCAGCAACAACAGAGCCAAAGAAAACAGCACAAUAUGCUACUGGCGUGACUGGCUCAUUGAUGUCGAAGAAGGAGAAUGCAGUCCAAUCACACUUGAGAAGGUACUGGAGUUUAGCUCUGGAGCCUCAACAGUGCCUCCACUCGGAUUUCCACACCGUCCACAAAUUCACUUCAUCCACGAGGCCAACAGAGUGUUUCCAGAGGCCAACACCUGCCUCCUAAUCCUCCGCUUGCCCAUACAUAGUGAUUAUGAGGACUUCAGGAAAUACAUGAAGGAGGGCAUUCUG